AUGUUGUCUCUAGUCUCUAUUUUCUUGACUUGUCUUGCUCUUAUUCUCAUCCCUUGUCUCUUUAUCUUUAGGCGUCCAAGUUUUCCCCUCUUCUUAAAAAAAAUCAUCAUAUUCAUCAGUACCACAGCUUCUCAAUACAAUGAUGAAGAAGAGAGGUAUGGUACAAUCGGAGAGAAAGGGAAACGAGGGAGAAUGCCAAAGCAUGUGGCGAACAAAAGAGGACUUAGGGUAUCGGAAGGUCACGAAGCCGGAGCAAGAACAGUAUUGGAGCAUGCUAUGGACUGUUUCGCCAUGGGGAUAAACACUCUCUCACUCUUUGCUUUCUCCACUGAAAAUUGGGGGAGACCCGAUGGUGAAGUUAACUUUUUGAUGGCUAUGUUUGAGAAAAACUUCAAGUCCGAAAUGGCUUACUUCGACAGAUAUAAAGUCAAGAUCUCCGUUAUCGGGAAACGGACAAAUAUGCCCCAGUCGCUUCUAGGUUUGAUACAUGAGGUCGAAAAAGCUACAAAGAACUAUAAAGAGAAGCAUCUUAUUAUGGCGUUAGACUAUAGUGGAAGGUAUGAUAUCUUACAGGCCUGCAAAAGUCUUGCUGAAAAGACGAAAAAUGGGCUCAUCCAAGUGGAGGAUAUCAACGAAAGCAUGAUUGACAAAGAGUUAAUGACAAGCUGUAGUGAGUACCCAAACCCUGAUCUGUUGAUCAGGACCAGCGGAGAGCAAAGAAUCAGUAACUUCUUCUUAUGGCAAUCAGCUUAUACUGAGCUCUACUUUUCUAAUGUUCUGUGGCCUGACUUUGGCGAGGCUGAGUAUCUCAAAGCUUUGACUUGGUAUCAGCAGAGACAGAGGCGAUUUGGUCGAAGAGUUUGAACUUUGACUUUUCAUGUAUUGCAAAUAAAUGGCUUAGUUAGCCA